GACAGCCGGGAGGAUCUCCUCGCGAGAGGUGAGAUUGAAGCUCCCUCCGCCAUCUUGGAGAUGGGAGUCAGGGGAUGGUUGUGGUCGUUCUGCUAAUGCAAACAACAAAACGGGCACAUCAGCCACCCCCCAAGUAAGGCUGUCAUCACUGUAAUUGUUGGCCAAACCUACAGAAGAAGCAAGGGUGUCAAAGCGGAGAGCAGCGACAUUGAUAACAGUUUCACCUGCCUGCUGGGGCGAAAGAAGUGAAACGACUGAGAACCGGAAGGAUGGUGCAGUCCUGUUCCGCCUACGGCUGCAAGAACCGAUAUGAUAAGGAUAAGCCCGUUUCUUUCCACAAGUUUCCUCUUACUCGACCCAGUCUUUGUAAAGAAUGGGAGGCAGCUGUCAGAAGAAAAAACUUUAAACCCACCAAGUAUAGCAGUAUUUGUUCGGAACACUUUACUCCAGAUUGCUUUAAGAGGGAGUGCAACAACAAGUUACUGAAAGAGAAUGCUGUACCCACAAUAUUUCUUUGUACUGAACCACAUGACAAGAAGGAAGAUCCGCUGGAGCCACAAGAACAGCUUCCCCCAUCUCCUUUAACACCUCCCAUUUCCCAGGUUGAUGCUGCUAUUGGAUUGCUGAUGCCUCCUCUUCAGACCCCUGAUAAUCUGUCAGUUUUCUGUGAUCACAACUAUACUGUGGAGGAUACAAUGCACCAGAGAAAAAGGAUUCAUCAGCUAGAACAGCAAGUUGAAAAACUCAGAAAGAAGCUCAAGACGACACAGCAGCGAUGCAGAAGACAAGAACGACAGCUUGAAAAAUUAAAGGAGGUUGUACACUUCCAGAAAGAGAAAGACGUAACAGAGAGAGGUUAUGUGAUUCUGCCAGAUAACUACUUUGAAAUAGUUGAAGUACCAGCGUAGAAAAAAAGAAAUUUGUAUCGGUUUUUAAUGGGGCAAUACCACAUACUCUCUUCUAGCAUAUAAAGGAGUUUCAUCUGAAAAAAUAACACUUGAUUACUUGUAUAAAAACAAUUCAGAAUAUUUUUAAAAAAAUAAAUUAGAUACAUACUGUAAAAUUGUUAAUGUUUUUGUUUGUAAUUUCAGGGUUUUUACAUUUUAACAAAAUAUUUUAAAACUUAUAAACUAACCUCAGAGCACCAGUGUAAGUUGGUUUCAAGACUGAGAGUUUUUGUUUUCUAAGUUGAGUAUUUAUAGAAAUAAUGUAAAAAUAAAAAGGAAAGAGAAUGAGAACAGUACAGUAAGGAUGAUUUAUGUUUAAAAUUUAAAAUUAGUUUAUUGAGAAAACUUAGUUAUAUUUUAAAUCAGAAGUAUGGAUUAGAUCAUAACUUCUCAGAAUAUAUAGAAUCUUAUUCACACAUUCUUAUUUGUAAAGUCAGAUUCAUUUUGCUUAACCACGUGUCAAAGAUAAUGUGGCAAGUCAGCCCUUUAAAAAAGGGUAUCUUCAGAGCAGAAACUAAUCAUUUCGUACCUAAUUAAUAUGGUUAAAUAACUAUAUCAUGAAUGGACUUUUAAAAGGUGGGCCCCUUUUUUUCCUCCCACUGUAACAAAGUGGGCAUUGUUAUCCAUGAAGUAAUAAAAGUGGGGGCCUCACCUGUGGUUUGCUUUUUUCUCUCAUUACCCCUGAGUUCCCCAACUGUAGUUAUUUUUACAUCUAAGCCUCUAACAAACAUGUUGUAUCAGUAGAGUUUGAUUUGUAUCAUAAUAUGGUAAUCCUGAACCUAAUUGAUGUUGGUCAAGGCUUCACAUAAAAAUUUAUUUCUUCACUUAAAAAAAUUUUUUUCGGCCUUCCUGAGGACAUUUUUACCCCUUGCUUUUGGAGAGAGAGAAGAAGGGCGGGAGAGAGACACCAUCGGUUGCCUCUGUAUGCCCAGCCCAGGGAUCUCACACGCUCAGCAUAGUGAUUGGACCCACAACCUCUCAGUUACCGGACGGCCGUCCAACAGACUGAGCCACGUUAGCCAGGGCAACUUCUUCACUUUUAACACAAAUUAGAUAUUAAAUCCCAUUUUAUUUAAAUGAGUGAUUUGUAUUCAGAAGCAGCCUAAUAUGUACUGUUUGUUUUCCUGAAUGUCGAGAUUUAAACACUGAGGUUUCUGUUCAAACUGUGAAUUGUAUUCUGACUUUGUGAUAAAUUUUACAUAUGUUUGAAAUGAAAUAUGUUCUGAGUAAACAAAUACUGCCAUAGUACUUACCUACUUAGAUUUAGAGUAACUAUUUCAACUGUAAUUAUUUUAUAUAUUGAAGUAUGCUAAGAUAGUUGAGUCACAAACCAUUUAAGGCAGUAUUAAAGGUAUGAAACAUU